GCCGCCAUCUUUGUUGAUGUGUCAGCUCGGGGGCCGGUCCCGCCGCCGCCAUGGGGCAGCUGUCGCGUUUGUCGCCGACCUCGUAGAGCUCGGAUUUGCAAAGGAAAAAGAUGGAGGUACAUCUACCAGAAAUUCAAAGUGUGCUGGAGCCAGUCAAUGUCUCAGAUAAUGCCUCUUUGGGGUCCCCAGGUAAUGAGAAGACUGAUGAAAGACCUGGAAUGAAGGACUGCUCAAGCAUCAGUUAUACUGGAGCUGAUGCUGGUUUAUUGGAAGGGGAAUCCAGGUUGUUGCCCUUGGACCAGGAUUCAGCAGCUGUUGGCAUAAGCAGCAAUGGAGCCCUGGCAGAAAGACUGGAGCAGCAGUGUGGAGGGGCAGACUGCUGUGCGAAUGCAUGCUCUGAUAGAAAGGUAGACGGCUCCACAGAACCAGAACAUUUAUCUAGUGAAGAAUUUGAACAGCAAGAUCCCAAAACUAACCAGACGGAACAGUCGUUGAUGGAAAUAUUACAGGAGCUAAGGGAGGAGUCUGACUUUGUGAAAAACUCAAGCGAUAAAAUCUAUUCCGAAAGUCCCUACGACACAGACUGCACAAAGAAGCUUAUUUCCACAAUCCAUCAGACUUCCUCACAGGAGGAUUUGCUAAAGGAAAUAGAGUCUGAACUCUUAUCUACAGAUCUUCCGAAGGAGCGAAAAUCCCCCAAUGGUGUGCGGAAGGGUGAACAUGCCUUGGCUGUGUUUGAAAAGUGUGUGCAAGAGAAAUACCUGGAGCAAGAACAGACUAUAAGAAAGUUGAUUAAAGAAAAUAAAAAACAUCAAGAACUUAUUUUAGAAAUCUGCUCAGAAAAGGAGAACUUAAAAGAUGAAUUGAAAAAACGAACAGAAACAGAAAAGCAGCACCUCAACAUUAUUAAACAGCUGGAAGCGAGAAUGGAAGAGCUUAAUAAAGAAUUGAAAGCUAGUAAAGACAAACUUGUAACUCAAGAUGCAGCAGCCAAAAAUGCUAUUCAGCAGUUGCAUAAAGAGAUGGCCUUUCGAAUGGAACAGGCAAACAAGAAGUGUGAAGAAGCACGCCAUGAGAAAGAAACAAUGGUGAUGAAGUACGUCCGAGGGGAGAAGGAGUCGCUUGAUCUCCGAAAGGAAAAGGAGACACUUGAGAGAAGAGUGAGAGAUGCAAACAAAGAGAUAGAAAAGCAUACUAAUAAAAUCAAACAGCUUUCUCAGGAAAAAGGAAGGUUGCACCAGCUCUAUGAAACGAAGGAUGGUGAAGCCACUCGACUCAACAGAGAAAUAGAAAAAUUGAAAGAAGAAAUUAAUUCUCACGUUAUCAAAGUCAAAUGGGCUCAGAACAAAUUGAAAACAGAAAUGGAUUCACACAAGGAAACCAAAGAACGUCUCAAAGAUGCAAUGACAAAAUUAACUGAAGCAAAAGAAGAAGCAGACCAGAUCAGGAAAAACUGUCAAGAAAUGAUAAAAACUUAUCAGGAGUCAGAAGAAAUUAAGUCAAAUGAAUUGGAUGCAAAACUCCGAGUAACUAGAGGAGAACUAGAGAAACAAAUUCAGGAGAAGUCUGAUCAUCUGGAGGUGCAUCAUGCUAAAAUAAAAGAACUGGAAGACUUGAAGAGAACAUUUAAAGAAGGCAUGGAUGAGCUUCGAACGUUGAGAACAAAGGUAAAGUGUCUGGAGGAUGAGCGCUUAAGAACAGAAGAUGAGUUAUCCAAGUAUAAAGAAAUCAUUAAUAGACAGAAAAGUGAAAUUCAGAAUUUGCUGGACAGAGUGAAAACUGUGGAUCGGCUGCAGGAUCAGCAUCAGAGAGAUGAACAAGAAAUCAGUGCUUUAAAGGAGGAAAUAGAUGGUUUCAAUUCUCUGAUUGCUGAUCUUCAGAAGGACAUUGAAGGUAGUCGGAAAAGAGAAUCUGAGCUAUUGAUAUUCACUGAAAAAUUAACCAGUAAGAAUGCCCAGCUUCAGUCUGAAAACAAUUCCUUACAGAGCCAGGUGGAUAAGCUUUCUUACAGUGAAAGAGAGCUGCAGAAUCAACUGGAAUGUGUUCAACAGACUAAGGAUGAUCUGGCCACCAGGUUACAGAAGGAGCAGGAUCAGCGAAAGCUGGAGGUUGAGACACUACAGGCUCAACUGGCUUCAGAGCAGAAAGAACUAGCAGCACUGAAGACCCACGUGGAUGAACUGAAAGAUGAACUGGCUACCCAGAAGCGCAAGCAUGCAGCAAACCUGAAAGAUCUUGCAAAACAACUUCAGCUAGCACGGAGGAAAUUGGAUCAGAUGGAAAAUGGUAAUUAUGACAAAGAAGUCAGCAGCAUGGGGAGCCGUUCCAGUUCAUCAGGGUCCCUGAAUGCGCGCAGCAGCAAUGAGGAUCGGUCGCCUGAGAAUACUGGAUCUUCAGUAGCUGUGGAUAGUUUCCCAGAGGUGGACAAGGCUGUCUUGGUUGAAAGAAUACUAAGGCUGCAGAAGGCACAUGCUCGAAAGAAUGAGAAGAUGGAGUUUAUGGAGGAUCACAUUAAACAGCUGGUGGAGGAAAUCAGGAAAAAAACAAAAAUUAUUCAGAGCUACAUUUUGCGGGAAGAAGCUGGAACACUGUCAUCAGAGGCCUCUGACUUCAACAAAGUACACUUGAGUAGACGCGGCGGGAUUAUGGCAUCUCUGUAUACAUCGCAUCCUGCAGAUAGUGGUCUCACCUUGGAACUCUCCUUAGAGAUAAACAGGAAGCUACAGGCUGUGUUAGAAGAUACGUUACUGAAAAAUAUUACAUUGAAAGAAAACCUUCAAACUCUAGGAACAGAAAUAGAACGGCUUAUUAAACACAAGCAUGAACUGGAACAGAGAAUAAAGCAGACAUAACUAAAACUUCUGUGGAAUAACCAACAUGAAGAUGCAGAAAAGGCAGGUGCGACACACCACUCUUUUUUACAUUUUCCCUGGAACUUGAUGGCCUGCCAGCACAAGCAUCUGCUAUUUUGCAUAUACAACCUUUAACCCUCCAGGCUAACUCGUGUGAGAGAUCUACAGGGUUUGGCAUCAGCAUGGUUCUGUUUCCCCAGUACCAGCCUGAGGUGUUGCUGACUUUCACUACACACUACAUUUAUCUAACCCUUUUGUUGGCAAUGCCAUACAGAUGCUUUGCAGUGCAUACUGUGUUUUGAGUGAGUUGCAGUAAGAUUUUAAUUCUUGCACUGUAUAAUGAAUCAGUCUCUUAAUGACGGAGCUUGAAAAAAUAAAACCAAUUAUGUCUUA